AUGCUUGCAUGUAGAUGGGCCUUGGGGAACACAGUCAUUUCAGCGCAUCGUUUCUUCAGUAGAAAAGUUGUGUUUUCUGGUCAAACACUCCGAUGUCUGUCCUCGCAAACAGACGGGGAAGUGCGGAUUGUACAGAUAUUAAAAGAGAAGUUUCCUUUAGCCUCUUCGCUCAAAGUUGUGGAUAUAUCAGGUGGAUGUGGAGCAAUGUUUGAGAUUCAUAUCGAAUCCAGUGAAUUCAAAGGAAAAAGAACUGUUCAACAACAUCAAUUAGUCAACCAGGCUCUUAAAGAGGAGAUCCAAGGGAUGCAUGGUCUUAGAAUAUUUACUGACGUCCCAAAGAGUUAA